AGUUUUCAGGUUUGAUUGAGAUUGGGGGUUACAUUCAUUCAUUGGUGAAAACAUGAAGGGAGCUGCGCUUGUGGCUUUUGCUGCUACAAUUGGUAACUUUCUGCAAGGAUGGGACAAUGCUACAAUUGCUGGGGCUAUUGUUUACAUCACGGAUGAUUUUGAUUUAGGUAGCUCGGUAGAAGGUCUUGUUGUGGCCAUGUCACUCAUCGGGGCAACAGUUAUUACAACAUGCUCAGGAGCCAUAUCAGAUUGGCUUGGUCGGAGGCCAAUGCUAAUAGCAUCAUCAGUUCUUUAUUUUGUGAGUGGCUUGGUGAUGUUGUGGUCACCCAAUGUGUAUGUACUAUGUCUUGCAAGGCUAUUAGAUGGAUUUGGAAUUGGUUUAGCGGUUACUCUUGUCCCAGUCUACAUAUCCGAGACCGCCCCAUCAGAUAUUAGGGGAUCGUUGAAUACUCUUACACAGUUCCUUGGUUCAGGAGGUUUCUGUUGGCGAUUUGAACCAUUUGAUUUCUGCUACCAUGUCUGGUGUGACUUGCAGAAAAAGUUUGAUGCAUCGGUUUUCAAAAUAGCUUGCGCCCAGGCUGCAAAGAAUAAAUGGGUGGACUUUGGAAAGCAACUAGUGACCAGAAAGUUGAGAGCGAGUGAGAGCGUACAGGGGCAAGAGGGGAGAGAGAUAUUAGAGAAGCCCCAGUUGGUUUACCAAAACAAAAGAGUGAUCCCAGGAAUUGAGCUGGUGCGGUUAGCAUCAUGGUGUUUGCAGUAUGAACCUCGUGAGAGGCCAAAUGCCAAGUCUCUUGUGACUGCCCUUGUUCUUCAAAAGGAAACUUUGUUGAAGCGAAAAGAUAUUAUACCAGCUUUUGUUUCAUGUAUAGGUAGUUAG